AAGAUGGAUAGGUUUAACCUUAUGAAGAAUAGAUCAGAUGUUAUAGUGGGCGGAAAGUAUCGCCUGAGCCGCAAAAUCGGAAGUGGCUCUUUUGGCGAUAUUUAUCUUGGUAUAAGUAUACAGAGCGGAGAAGAAGUGGCUGUUAAAAUGGAAAGUACUUCUGCUCGCCAUCCACAAUUGCAAUAUGAAGCAAAAUUAUAUCGUAUAUUAAAUGGUGGUGUAGGCAUUCCGCGAAUUCGCCACCACGGCAAAGAGAAGAAUUUCAAUAUAUUAGUUAUGGAUCUUCUAGGACCCUCUUUGGAAGAUUUAUUCAACUUUUGUACUCGCCACUUCACAAUUAAAACUGUUUUGAUGUUGGUUGAUCAAAUGAUCGGUCGUUUGGAAUAUAUACACUUGAAGUGUUUCAUUCAUCGAGACAUCAAACCUGAUAAUUUUCUCAUGGGUAUUGGGCGUCAUUGUAACAAAUUGUUCUUAAUUGAUUUCGGUUUGGCUAAAAAGUAUAGAGACCCCACUACUCGUGCCCAUAUUCCGUACCGGGAAGAUAAAAAUUUGACUGGAACUGCCCGUUAUGCAUCAAUUAACGCUCAUUUGGGUAUCGAACAAUCGCGUAGAGAUGACAUGGAGUCUUUAGGGUACGUUAUGAUGUAUUUCAAUCGCAGCGUGUUGCCAUGGCAAGGAAUGAAAGCUACUAAUAAACAACAAAAGUACGAAAAGAUUUCCGAAAAGAAAAUGUCUACUCCAAUUGAAGUUCUUUGUAAAGGUUUCCCAGCUGAAUUUUCAAUGUAUUUGAAUUAUUGUCGCAGCUUGCGUUUUGAUGAGCAGCCCGAUUAUAUGUAUCUCCGUCAACUUUUUAGAAUACUCUUCCGAACUUUGAAUCAUCAGUACGAUUACAUUUACGAUUGGACAAUGCUGAAGCAAAAGACUCAUCAAAGUCAGCCGAAUACAGCGCUUUUAUUGGGACAAACUGAAACUCGCAAUGACAGGGAGCGAGAGAGGGAGAAGGAGAAAGAGAAGGCGAGUGGCAAAACUAUGCUCUCUGAAUAAUUUUAACAUUAAUGCAUAAAAUAGUUAAUGAACUCAUGUAAAAUUCUACAAAUACAAAAUUUGCAUUAAAAUUGUGCUGCAAAAUAAUUUGCAUCAUCCACUAAAAUAUUACGAUAAUUAUUAAUAUUAAUAAUUUUGAAUUAUGUCAAUAAAUGCUAACUGUGUUGGAGUUAAAAAAAUAAAAUAGAAACAUAUAACAA